CGGCUUUGUUGUCUUCCCCGAGGGGCUGGGAAGGCUCGGAGCCCUAGUAUAAAGGCAGCCUGAGGUGGCUUGUGGCUGCGCAGAGCCCUGAGCCCAGCAGCAGAGACUCCGCCGGCUAAAGUUCCGCAGUCUGGACUCUGCAGCUACUGUGCAAAGUGGUCUCUUUUUUCCGGACUUUCUCCAGCUCGUGUCCUUCUGAGAUGACGGUUAUGUGUGCAGUGGCAGCUGUCCGGUUCUUGGUCUUGCUAGCAGCGAUGGCGUUUUGCAGCCUCCCUUUGCUCGAAGCCAGCGCCACCUUGAACUCGGUUGUCAUCAACUCCAAUGCUAUCAAGAACCUGCCCCCACCGCUGGGUGGCGCUGCGGGGCAGCCGGGCUCGGCUGUCAGCGUGGCCCCAGGAAUUCUGUACGAGGGUGGCAACAAGUACCAGACUCUUGACAACUACCAGUCCUACCCAUGCGCAGAGGAUGAGGAGUGUGGCACCGAGGAGUACUGCUCCAGUCCCAGCCGCGGAGCUACGGGUGUAGGCGUGCAGAUCUGUCUGGCUUGCAGAAAGCGCCGGAAACGCUGCAUGAGGCACGCUAUGUGCUGCCCUGGGAAUUACUGCAAAAACGGAAUAUGCAUGCCUUCUGACCACAACCAUUCACCUCGAGGGGAAAUUGAGGAAAGCAUCAUUGAAAACCUUGGUAACGACCAUAGCACCUUGGAUGGGUAUUCCAGAAGAACCACGCUGACUUCAAAAAUAUACCACAGCAAAGGACAAGAAGGUUCUAUCUGCCUCCGAUCCUCAGACUGCGCCACGGGGCUGUGUUGCGCGAGACACUUCUGGUCCAAGAUCUGUAAACCUGUCCUCAAAGAGGGUCAGGUGUGCACCAAGCACAGGAGGAAAGGUUCCCAUGGGCUGGAGAUAUUCCAGCGCUGUUACUGCGGGGAAGGACUGUCAUGCAGGAUACAGAAAGACAACCACCAAGCCAGUAACUCUUCCAGGCUCCACACCUGUCAGAGACAUUAAACUGACUGUCCAGAUGUGAUGGACUCCUUUACCUAAUAUAUGCUGCGAAAGCCUUUAUGAUUUGUCAGCUCAAUCCCAAGGAUGUACAAAUCUCCUGUGUAGAGCUAAGCAUUCCGAUAAUACCUUCCAAAAGUCCGGAGUGUGAGGACUUUGUUUCUUGAUGGAACUCAUCCGUGGUUGCAGUAAAUUACUGUGUUGUAAAUCCUCAGUGUGGCACUUACCUGUAAAUGCAACAAAACUUUUAAUUAUUUUUCUAGAAGUGCUGCAUUUGUCUUGUUUCUUUAGCAUGUAAAUUUUUGUACACAUUGAUUGUCUUGACUCAUAAAUAUUCUAUAUUGAAGGACUUUCAGCUUCUAGUUCCUAAGUGUGCAACCCUUUCUCCUUUUAUUUCUAGAGUGUAGAAUGCAAGGAGUUCUUGGAAUAGCCAGUGAUAGACAUGUAAAAUUUAGCACGGAAAUACUAGUUUAUCUCUUGAGAUGUACUGUCUUUGCUUAG